AUGGAGUUCCUGCCGACCCUCCAGAAUGGCAUAGACGACCUCAAACCCUCCCUCUUCGAACUCCUGUCCGAACAACAACUCGCAUCCCUGCUCCCGCCGUCUCUCCGCUACCUCCUCGCCAUCUCCACCCAUCGCUACCCGCGCUACCUGCUGCCCGUUCUCAACUCCUUCGAUGAGGUCUACGCACUGGUCAUGCUCCUGGUGGAGCGCCACUUUCUCCGAACCUAUGGCGGCUCGUUCACGGAGAACUUCUACGGAAUGAAGCGUGCACGUGUGCUGCGAGUAAAGGGGGGUGAGAUUCCGCGCGCACAGCUGGGCGCCAGCGACACAGUCCGGGAAGCAGUGAAGCUCGGAGAUGGCGACAUAUGGAAGAAUUUGGCAGUCCUGGUCGGUAUGCCGUGGCUGAAGAGGAAGUUUGACGAAGGAUACGAUGUACACGCCGCCCAUGCGAACCUGCUGGGGCCAGGGUACAACAGAGACAGAGAUGGCUUAAGAGCUGGAGCAACCAUCAAGGAGAGGUUCAUGUUCUACUACAAGUGGUUUCUACGGAACAUAUACCCCAGCGUCAACGCCGCCUACUACUUCUCCCUGAUCGUCUUCAACAUGGCCUAUCUGUUCGACGGAACAAAAUACCAUUCGCCUUUCCUCUGGAUCAUCGGCACGCGAAUACGAAGACUGGGCGCUGCGGAUCAUGCAGCCAUUGAGCAGGCCACUGCGCCGAGGAAGGUCGGACCCGCACGGCCUGGAGAAGGAGGCUCCAUGUUCUCCCCAAGGAACAUGGCGAGGAGUGUGCAGCCCAGACUAUUGAGUUCGCUGAAGAUACUGCUCCCCACCAGCAUCUUCGCCCUGAAGUUCCUAGAAUGGUGGCAUGCUUCAGAUUUUGCAAGGCAGCUAUCGAGAAAGGCCGCCGAGAACAUUGAGCUACCACCUCCAGUAUUACCCUCUCUCCCAUUAGCUACGAAAAGGGAAGAAUCCGACCCCAACAAGAAGCAACGACCCUCGACUGCAUCCUCGGAAAAGCAGCAACGGAUUGACCCCAUCAUCUCUUCGACUACCCUCCUCCCCAUCCUCACUGUACCUACACCGCCAUCCUCAACCCUUUGUCCCAUUUGCGUAGCGCCCAUCGUCACACCCACAGCUUCACCUACAGGUUUCGUCUAUUGCUAUACCUGCAUACACCGCUGGGUACAAGGCGACCAUGAGCGUCAAGUCGCCUUUAUGGAAGGCGCAGCUGGUUUCCAGGGAGACGUUGACAGUGCUGACAUGGAGGACGAGGGCUGGAGCAAGGAGGAAGGAAGCCGAGAGGGCAGAUGGGAGAGUGGAAAGGGCAGGGAUGCGGUGACAGGGAGGAGAAUAUUGGGAGGAACAGAGGGUUUGCGGCGAGUCGUUGUAUAG